AUGGCAUGCCCGGUGUCUCUCAGUAUGGAGCCCCAAGUUUACGAUUGUGGUGCCCUCAUGGUCAACUGCAGCGGGAUGUACCAACUACUCCUACGCAACCCAAGUCGGGCUUCAAGCUAUUUCUCCAUUUGUGCUGAAGUAAAUCGUGAAAUGCAGUCCAAGACGCUCGUGCCGCAUGCACUCGCUGACAUCACCUUGAUGCCCACACAUGGGUGGAUUGCGGGUGCAUCAAGUCUAGCAGUUCUGGUGCAUGUGAAACCUCUUCGAAAUGGACAUCAUUGUAUCCGCCUGAGCUAUCAAUUAUGGACAACUGCGAGCAGUAUCCCAUCCGACAGGAUGGAUAGUGAUUACUUGGCAACUGUUGCAAAGGACCCACUCGGUGAACCCCAUCCGCUGGCUACGAUACUUCUAAAAGGAGUUUAUCCAACACUUCAAGUAGUGGACAUAAUUGGCACCGGGACCGCUUCCCACUUUAGCUCCGUGGAAUUGUGGAGUCGCCUGCAAAUAGACGCACUUAAUGUCUACUUGGCCUCCGACCCUACGGACUCUGAACUGCACAGCCGAGUGGAUACGCGAGCGGCUUGUGUGGGUCAACAAAAUUUGCUUAACGGCAGAAGACCAGUGUUUGACUGCUUCUUGGGAGUGACCUUAAUCUCAUCACACGAGGACGCUGACUUGCCGAAGACAUUCAUGGAACAAGAAGGGGCACAAAUCCAAAUGCUGUUAGAGAACUCAGGACCGGUGGAUGCGAAUUUUAAGUUUAUGUUCCCUACAGAUUUGCUGAUCGAGAUUCCCAACUGGGCGCAACAAGGCAGGUAUUCGGAAAGUGAAUUGGAAUGGAGGAGACUAGAAGACGAACACACGUUUGACGUGACACCACGAGCAGCAACGCUGAGGCCAUAUGAAUGUGCUACAGUUCUGAUUACCUAUCGCAGUCGUUCUGAGGGAACACACCAGUUACCGGUACGGAUGAAGAUAGAAGGCGGCAGGGAAGUCAAACUUAAUCUGCAGGGCAAGACGGUGAGCACGAGGAAGCCGCACAUCAGUACAAACAUGGGGACGCCAUACAAUCAUCUUCAUGUAUUCCCCGAAGUUGUGUUCGCUCAGGGGGAUCAACUUGCCACUCACUUGCAGACCAUGCAGCUCUUUAACCCAGGCGCCACGAUGGUGCGAUUCAAUCUGGACAGUCUCAGAUGGGGAAACGAAUCACAUCAGACCUGCCGCCUCGAAAUCGGGGUACAUGAAUACGAAACGCCGAUCUUCACAUGUCUUAAUCCUCAAGGAGUAAUCGAAGCACAAGGAUUCGUCAGGCUGUAUUGGAAAUUUCGCCCACUGGAAGCGAAAACAUACAGAGCUCUUUGUUCAAUUGUGAUCCAAAAUGCAUCUGAUCAGAAGGGAGGAGAGUCAGAAAACCCUGAACCGUUUCAGGAAACUGUAACCUUGGAAAUCGUAGGAAGUGCUUACGACCCGUCUGAACUUCAGUCGCAAACUCUACUUGGGGAUACACGAAGUGGGACAUUAACCGAGACAGCGCAGAUAAGAGACUGUGUAACCUGCCCUGUUGACAGCGCAUGCCUCUCGUCUGACACUGAUGAAUCGAUCAGCAGGCGGCUUAUACCCACUUGGGUUCAACUAUCUCAACGUCUGCUGAAUCUUGGCCGAAUUCCUAUGGGUGCAUGCGUGAGGAGGUUGAUCCACUUGACACACUUGCAACAGAAUGAACGCACUUGUCCAGGCGAAAAGAUGAAUCCUUGUGACACAUACCAGUUCAAGGUUUACCCUCGCAUACCUGAGGAUUCCGAUCUGCUUGAAAUCAGGCCGAAAGCUGGGAGAAUUCAACCAGGCCAAACCGUUCCGGUAGAACUAAUAUUAACAGCGCUUAUAUUACCAGGGAGCAUUGAGCUCCAAGUAAUCUUCGAGAUCAAUGAGGAAGUACUUGAAGGAAAUCACCUGUGGAAAUCAAAUGCACGACAAAAUGAAACGGGAAAAAGAAUAAUUGUAUCAAAUGUCUCUGGGUCCACAGAUUCAAGCAAUGCUAGUAUAAACGACUUUACGGACCAGGAGAAUCUUUCGAAGCCACGAGGGGAUCGGAUACAGUCACCAUCAAACCAGACCAUUCAUCCCCGAUCUACUAUGCUGCACCUCACCAUAAGGGCACAAGUCGUGCGACCCGACUGGACGCAAGAAAAGAUACGGAGAAAUAUGAAUACAUCAUUCAUUGAUAAAACUCAGGUUUUGUGUCAAGAGCACACGAGGUCUCAUUUGUCCUCUGAGCCUAUUCCUACGGGAUACCUCGAUCCCUUAACUCACUGGAACCUAUGCGAAGCAAUGCUGACUAAUGUUAUCAGUGGCCUGUUUGAUGAGGAUGAAUUUAUUGUUGAAAUCCGGAAUGCAGCAGUUCCCGCGGAAUUCGCAGCAGCACCUUCCCUACUCCAGUCACCAGAAGUUGACGAAACCAUCCCAGUGUGGCUCCAAAUAAGUGGCGGAAAUUCCAACACGGAACGCCAGGACCGCCUCAGUAACGAAGUAGCCGAUGUAAGUCUUGAUUCAAAACGGACGAGCAAUACGUCUUCAAAGCUGUUGAAUGGUGCACCUUCCCGAGCGAGGUUUUCCAGCCUUGUAAGGCACAGCAGGCAUUCCACUGAGCCCGAAUGUGACACUGACUGGCUUCAGCUACCUGCCGUGUCAGCCCUGGUGGAGACCACACUAGCAGAAAUCAUCAGGAACGUCACGAUUGAAGUUAUGCGAAAAGAUCGGACUUGA